AUGCACUUCAAGUCCUACGCGACGGCUGCCCUUUAUGGGUUGCCUGUUCUUGCCAAUGCUAUGCCCUCAGCCUCCUCUUCAUCGGCUGCACCCUUGUCUUCUCCCAGCAGCUCAGGUGACAGUGGUCACUUCACCGAAUACUCGAUCAGCUCCAAGAACAUCACGGUCAAGCUCAUCCCUUACGGUGCGCGUCUGACCCACGUCCUGGUCCCUGAUCGCGAUGGCAACACCCAGGACGUCCUGGUCGGCUAUGACGAUCCCAAGGAAUAUCUUCACGACAGCGAAACCAACCACACCUACUUCGGCGCGGUCGUUGGCCGCUAUGCCAACCGCAUUAAGAAUGGUACCUUCUCCAUUGACGGAAACACCUACCACAUUCCAGAGAACGAACACGGCGGUAGGGACACCCUUCACGGUGGCUUUGUCGGCUAUGAUAUGCGCAAUUGGACUGUUACCGCGCAUACUCAGUCUGCCAUCACUUUUACCCUGUUCGAUGAAGGCUUCGAGAACUUCCCAGGCGACGUGAUCAAUCAUGCCGUCUUCAGCGUCUCGACGGAGAAGAGCGCCGAGAACCCCAAGGGUCUGCCACAAUUAUCCACCAAGCUUGUUUCCCUUGCUCUGACCGAGAAGACCCCCAUCAUGCUUGCCAACCACCUCUACUGGAACCUCAAUGCCUUCAAGAACCAAACAAUCUUGAAUGACACCUACUUGCAGAUGCCUCUCUCCGAGCGCUUCAUCGCUGGGGACACCCUUGAGGUCCCUACCGGCAAAAUCCUCGAUGUGAAUACCGCCUACGAUGGCGCUUUGGACUUCAUCGAACCUAAGUUGGUUGGCCAGGACAUUGCAAAGACCUCCGGCUUGUGCGGUGGUGGCUGCACCGGCUACGAUACCUGCCUUCUGAUUGACCGCCCGCCCGCCUAUGCAGCUCGCAACUCAUUCGUCCCUUCAGUGCACAUGGCCUCUGACACGACCGGUAUUACCCUGGACAUCGCCACCAACCAGGCUGCGCUCCAGAUCUACACUUGCAACGGCCAGAAUGGCACCAUCGCGACCAAGGAGUCGCAAGCCAAGCGCAAUAAACAGGAGGAUGGUAAUGCUGGCGCUGCGUACGUCAACAAGUACGGCUGCAUUGUCUUCGAGACAGAGGAUUGGAUUGAUGGCAUCAAUCAGCCCCAGUGGGGUCGUCUGCCGUACCAGAUCUUCGGUCCCAAUGAUGGCCCUGCUAUGAACUUAGCUACCUACCAGUUCGGCACUUUUUAA